AUGUACGGGGAUCUGGCACAAAAACUACUCUUAGAUGGCAAAAGAACGUCGAACCUUACAGAAUUACCCUUAUACCAACUAGAUUUGGUGAAGGAUAUCGUGCUGGAGAUCACGGAUCUCAAGAACGAUGUGGACUUCCUCAACGAGCAAGAACUCUUUCCUGAAGAUGCCUCCGAGGAGGAAAGGAGGAUUGCACAGUGUCAAAUUUUCGUUCGACUGCUCUAUAUGAGGAGAAACAAGAGAUGUCUUCUAGCGCACCAGAAACUACGAGCUGAUAAAAUCAACGAGUUCCUGUGGCUCAACAUUGACCCCAUCUACACCACCGACGGCAACACCCAAGCUAAUCAGGCAGAGAACAAUGCUGGAUCUUCGGGAACCACGAAACUCGCUCUCAACAACCUAUCACAUCCAGAACAAGAGUACUACAAGCAAUAUCAGGACUUGAUUCUUGACUUCAAGUCUUCAUUUGCAGACAUAGACCUAUCUGGAAACCUCGAGCCGCCCACGGACAUUUUCAUUGAUGUACGUGUUCUCAAAGACGGUGGCGAAAUUCAGACCGAGUACGGAGUGUUCAACCUCAUCAAGGACUCUCAGUUCUAUGUUCGUAAAUCCGACGUGGAUCGUUUGAUACAACAGGGGUAUUUGGAACAGAUAUAG